AUGUCGUCCUCCGGAAGCCAGAACAGCAAGGGCAAGCAGGCCGCGCCCAGCCAGCCAGACGGUAAAGCCAAGGACAAUUCCACCUUGGGCCGCAUUGCAGAGUCAGCAACAAAGCUGGCUAGCGACAUAGCGUUCGGCAAGUCCUCGGUGAACCCGAACUCGCUGGUGGCCGAGUCCAAGCAGCAGGGUGAGGGAUCGUCGUCCACGCACAGACACGAAUGGAUGGCGGGCAGCCAGCGCCUGCAGAGCUCCGGGUCCACAGACGAGCACACACAUCCUUCCAGCAGCACAUCAGCGGCGGCAGCAUUCCGGCAGGCGGCACGUGCAGCAAAUAGUGCCCAGAGCCAGGGCCAGAGGUGGAGCAGCGAGUACACAGUAUCGGCGCCGCAUGGCGAGGAGCCGUCGCACCAGAUCCAGCUGGCGCAGCAGAUGGACGGAGCUGGUGUGCUGGACUUUCUGUCGCAGACCCAGCCAACCACCAUGAGUGUCUCGCAUGUGGGCCAGGAUCGCAGCCUUAACAAACCGCCGGUGCGGCAGCAGGGCCCGCAUGCAGCUGGUACAGUUGAGACCACGGAUCCAAUUGCCUACCUGAACGGCACCACAUAUGCGACGGACAUGGAGUCGACAGAUCACCGGGUAGUACCGCACGGUGAGCGCGGGAUAUCGGGAUCACCGAACCACCGACCCGAGAAGGCAUGGGGCGACAGCAAUCCUACCGAGGGGCAGGAGGAAUGGGCGCUGAACGAGGCCUGGAACCGCGCCUGGAUGGGCACAACGUGGGACGAGGCGAAGAAAAAGAAGGAGCCCAAGCCGGACCACAUCCAGCCCACCAGCAAGAACCUGAGCCACCUGCUCAAGCCCCGUAUUUAA